CCGAGCUGAGCUAACGUCCGGGUAGCAGCGCGCUAAUGCUAACAGGCGGGGCUAUCUGCUGCUAACGCAAGUUUCUUUUCGAACGGGUGAAGAGAAGGGGGGAAAAAAAAAGACAAGAAAAAAAGAGAAGGUGGGGUGGGGUUGAGGUUGAGAGACAGAAAGAAAGAAAGAAAGAAAGAAAGAAAGAAAGAAAGAAAGAAAGAAAAAAAAAAAAAAAAAAAGGAGAACUCACUCCUCGGUCCUCCUCGGAGAGAAAGUCUGGUCCGUCGUCCAGUCCUUCCUGCUGCGGACACACAGAGCGCAAACAUUGGCAGAAGACGAGCGGGACGGCGCCCGAGGAACCAAAUGGAGCAAAUGGGCAGAAAGAAGGCAGAAAAGAGGCCAAGCUAACCUACCAUCAUGGCUGCCGACGGGUGGAGACCGGAAGACGACGGCGCGCGAAAACAUCCCGGCGCGUGACGUCACCUUUGCAGCCUCAAAGGCUCGCGAAACUUUUUGCCACACGAUUGAAGCGAAUUCUUCUUCAAAUGAGCAAAAUAACUCUGAGACAGCUGCUCUCCACAAUGAGAUGGAUAGACCGCUCGCUCGUCCUCCUUAAAUUUUCAACGAUGACAAAAUAAAACCAAUAUUUCCCAGACAGUCCAAGCAAAAUUGAUUGCUUUUGACAGAUCGAUCAGACGGACUGAAGUCGAGCUCGUUUCGGACGACAGAGCGCGAGGGCGAAUCCGAAAGGUCCCAAUGAGCUUCUGACAGCCGCAGGUGAAUCCGUCAAGGUGCUUCGAAUCAGCCGGAGCGGCGAGGUUCUACUGAAGUCAGGCCGCUCCUCGAUCUGCGGCUCCGACCGGGGUCUGUUUCUUGGCCGUUUUGCUGAGCGCGCACUGAAAUCAAAAUACGUAGCCCGAAUCGCGUUCUACCGAACCUCCCGAAAAUGGAUUGCGAAGUCCAAGUGAGGCUGCUUCUAAUGAGCGGACAAAAUGUUGUUCUCUCACAAACCGGAAUCAUUUUCAACUCCGAUCGGGCUCGACGCGUCGCAUUCAAGCUGAACUCGUUCGAUACCGUUUGCUGCUAUUUUAUUCACGUUGACCAGAGUAUUUGAGUAAAGUCGCGGAAAUUUGACGUGAGAAAACGGCGGCGCGUCGCCCGAACUUGAAGAUCGGACGCAAACGUGCCGAACGGCAGCAAGUUGGAAGUCGGCAGUUGAGCGAAGCCAAAAUAGGCAAAGAAGAGCCAAUGGCGCGUGUGCACCUCAAAUUGAGAAGAACAUUUGAGCAGACACAAAAGCAGGAACUAACAAGAAAAAGAAAAAAGAGGCGCGUAAGCACGCUCCAGGGGUCAAGAGGUCAUCUGCAUUUGUUCUAAUUCUUCUGACGUACUUUGCCAGUCGGCAUGGGAUAUCAGAAAAGACAAAAAAAACACCAUUUGAAAUCAUGAAAGCCACAUGGAGAAGUAUUCAGAAGUAACCUUCACACGUCCUCCUCAUUUUUUCAAGAUUUCUGUCACGUUAUUUCUAUUUUGGGGCGGCAGCACGGCGGCGACUGGUUCGAGCGUCUGCCUCGCGGUUCUGAGGACCGGGGUUCAAUCCUGUGGAGUUUGCAUGUUCUCCCCGUGACUCCGGUUUACACCCGGUUAAUUGAAGACGCAGCCGUGGACCAACGGUUAAGAGCAUCGCCCGCCGCCGUGGGGGACCCAGGUUCAAGACCCCGACCGGACCACCCGCCCACAUCUCCCGGACUCACGGCUGUGGCGUCCUUGCGGGAGACGCCGAUACCGCAAAAUGCUCCCCUGCUCCAGUGUGUUCCGCUAACGUGUGUGUGAAUGGGAGCGCCAAUGGUUGUUUGUUUCUCUGUGCCCUGCGAUUGGCUGGCGACCGGUUCAGGGCCUCUCGCCCGAAGAUUGCUGGGAUAAGCUCCCGCAGCCAGCGACCCGCGUGAGGAUAAAGCGGUAUGGAAAAUGGAUGGAAACGUUUGACUUGCUGAAAAAAUUGAUGCGUUAUUGAUGCGUUACCCCCUGCGUCAGACUAGGGGGCAACAUUGAGCCCAGCGCUCCGCCACUACUCGUGCACGAAGAAGAUGAGCGGGGACGUCCCCUUUCUCGGGUCCAAUCGAGGGCGAGGACGCGGUCGUAACCCCGCCCUCCAGAGAAACCGCCAUCAGGAAUCAAACGGAAAAGAAAAAAAGUGACGACAGAAGCGCAACGCGACCACAAACGCAACAAACCGACAAGAACGCCGAGGCGGCGACGCAGUUCUGAGCGACAUGGCGGACGAAGCGUCAGGCGGGCGAGCGUCGUCGGAAGCUGCGGACGAGCCGCCGGAGACGUCGCGGGAAGUAGCGUCCGGUGCGAAGAAAAGCACGGCAGGCGACGUGAUCGUGGAGGGGAAGCGCGCCAAGAAGAGCGUGGAGCGACUGGACAUGCAAGCGCCCAGACACAAGGAGAAGCUGACGAUCGCGCAAGGAAAUGGCGACAAGCUAGGAGACAUUCCGCGCACCAACUUCCACAUCGGCAAACUCAAGCCCGAAGACCUGAAACCUCUGCACGCCAUCUUGUUUGAGCGGCCGGGGAAGACGGCGAGCAUCAAGAAGAACUUGCGCCUCUUCAACGGCUUCCCGUUCCACGCAGGCAGCGACCGCUACCUCAAGAAGCGAGACAAACUCCUCAAGAACUCGCACUUCACCAACAACAAGCUCAAGCUGCUUUGCGGCAUUCUGGACCUGGAGAAGAAAGGGACGCGGGCGGAACUGGUGGAGCGGAUUGUGACCUUCCUGCUGGCGCCCAAGGACAACGGCAAGCGCCUUCCCGUGAAGAAGAAGAAGCAGCGAUCCAAGAAGAAAGCGUCGUCCGACUCGGUCGCCGAGAGCAAGAAGACGAAGAGCGGCGCCAAGAGCGGACGCGUCUCCUCCUCUUCCUCGGCCGGUCCCAAAAAGUCCAAAGCCAUCGUCACGGACUCCAGCAGCGAGGACGAGGACGACCGAGACGACGAAGCGAAGGCGGCGGACGGCGAAGCUUCAGAUGCGGAAAAAAGUGAGGAGGAAGAGGUGACCGAGUCCAAGAAGCGCCCCAGGACGCCGGCCAAGAAGACUCCGCCUCCGAAGAAGCGGGUCAAGAGGGACCUCUCUGACGACGACUUGGCCGGCGACCAGAAGGCCGAGAAGAAGAAGAAACCCGCCGCCAAGACCGACAGCAGCAGCGGCAAGACCACCAACACAGACGACACGUCGGACGAGGACGAGCCGCUCGUCGGGAUGCCCAAGCGAGCGCCGAGCGACGGCGAGCUGACGGAGACGGUGCGCGCGCUCCUCGCCGACGCCGACCUGGAGGAGACCACCAUGAAGAUCAUCUGCCAGCGGGUGUUCGACGCCUUUCCUGAUCGCGAUCUGAGCGGCAGGAAGGACUUCAUCAAACGAACCGUCAAGUCUCUCAUCACGUGAAGACGACGACGAGCCACGCGAUUGGCUGGCCGCGCCUCCUUCCGAUCGCGUAAAGACGAGCCCCGUGAUUGGCAGGUCACGAGGCCACGCCUCCUGUCUUUUUGUACUUUUAUGUUUUGAAUAAAGAUUUUGAAGUAAA